UAUUGUACUUGUCAAAAUGUUCAAAAUGAAAUACGAUAACGACACAUGGAAAUUUAUUUUUCCAAUUUUAAUUAAUUUUCUGAUGUCGGUUAGUGUGUACUUUUUAACUGUACGUUUAAUUCCAAAAAUAAAAGAUAUGUUUAUUAAAGCUAACCUAUAUGGGAUUGAUUUGAAUAAAAAUAGUGGUGAAAAAGUGCCAGAAGCAUUAGGUGUUGUUACCGGAUGUCUGUUUCUUAUAACGCUCUUUUUGUUUAUUCCUAUACCAUUUACAAAUUAUAUAUUUAAUGACACAAACUUCCCUCAUAGCGAGUUUAUGGAAUUUUUGGCUGCCCUACUCUCAAUUUGUUGUAUGUUACUUUUGGGUUUUGCUGAUGAUGUUUUGGAUCUUCGUUGGCGGCACAAAUUACUGCUACCAACUAUUGCUUCCUUACCACUUUUAAUGGUGUAUUAUAUUAAUUUCAACUCUACCUUAAUUAUUGUACCUAAACCUUUAAGAUCAUGGUUUGGUUUCUCUGUGGAUCUUUGGAUAUUUUAUUACUUAUACAUGGGGAUGCUAGCAGUGUUUUGCACAAAUGCUAUAAAUAUAUUAGCCGGUAUAAAUGGUUUAGAAGUUGGCCAAAGCCUAGUAAUUGCAUUAAGCAUUCUUGUUUUUAAUAUAAUAGAAUUAUCAGGAAAUCUUUGGAAAGCACAUCAGUUUUCAUUAUAUUUUAUGUUUCCAUACAUAGCCACUUCAUUGGGCUUACUGAAAUUUAAUUGGUAUCCAGCUCAAGUAUUUGUAGGUGAUACUUUUUGUUAUUUAUCUGGAAUGACAUUUGCCGUUGUUGGAAUUAUUGGUCAUUUCAGUAAAACAACGUUGUUAUUCUUCAUUCCACAAAUACUUAAUUUUCUUUAUAGUGUACCUCAAUUAUUUCAUUUUAUACCAUGCCCUAGACAUAGACUACCAAAAUAUAAUAAAGAAACAGAUAAGCUAACAAUAAGCAAUACAGUAUUUAAUAAAAAAGAUAUUGGAGUCAUUGGUUCAUUCAUAUUAUGGAUAUUUGGGAAGUUAAAUAUAAUAAAAUGGAAAGAAGAUGAUAAAGGUAUCAUUACUUGCAAUAAUUUUACAUUGAUUAAUUUUAUUCUAAUUAAAAUUGGACCAAUGAGGGAACCUACACUAACUCUAACUUUACUGCUAAUUCAAGUUGUUAGCAGUUUAUUAGCAUUCAUUAUAAGAUACCCUCUUGCUUCAAUUUUCUACGAUGUUUGAUGAGGUAUGUAUUUGAAAGAAAUGGUCGUAUGAAAUACGAAAUUACUGUAUUGUUUCAUAAUGAAAUAAUAUAUUAUCUAUCAAAUUUUUCUGUACAACAAUUUUCAAAUACGCACGUGUUUUCGUAUUUUAUAUUCGUAGUGUCAUUAUACAGCCACUGAACAUUCUGAACAAUGUAGGUACUGUUUUAUUGUACUAUUCCCAGGAAAUGAAUAUGUUCCUUUCUAGUUUGUAAGCCAUAUUAUAAUUUUAUAUCUCAAAUUUUACAUGAUUUGAUUAAAAGAUAUAUGUACAAAAUAAUGUAAAAUACAAUUUUAGAUUCGUAACUACAAUUUUUAGUAAACUAUUACAAAUUAAUUAUUCAUUUAUUUUUUGUUUUUUAACAAUUUUGUUUCAAUAAGUAACAUAUAUGUGUAUACAAUAUUUUAAGUAUUGUAUAAGCGUAAAACCUUUAGUAUGUACGCUUAUAUGUUCUAAGAAUAUUUAAUAUGAUAUUUCACAAAAUACAAGUGAAUAACAGAUCUUGUAAACGAAAAUUUUAUAAAAGUUUAAAUAAUCAACAAUUGAAGUGAUAGUAGGCAUCAUGUCUUUGUAGUCUUAUAUCUAACGAAAACGCUAAAAUAGAUGUUUUAUAAAUGCAAUUUUCAAAAAUAGAGUUCGUAGGAACUUACAGUUGAAAAACUACUAAAAAAUAAUGUAGUUAAAAAGUAACUAUGAUGGAUUUUUAAUGUUUUACUUUAAAUUUCUACAGAAACAACAGCAAAUACAAGUGUAUGGUAUUUGUAAAAAGAAUCGAUGUAUUACUGCGAAAAUUUUACUGAACUCGCGUAUAAAACUAUAUUUACGGAUCAUACCAUAGACACGAAACUUCAUUCUUUAAUUCUGGUAACCAUGUGUAUUAUUUAUUUUAAAUUUCGAUCCCGAUCAGUGUUGUUUUAUACAAAAAAAAAGCUUAUGAAACAUUUUGGAAAUUAAACAUUAUACUGGAACCUAGUUUAUCUUUUAUUGUAAGUUGCGUUUUUGCAGCAUCUCUCAGACUGAAAAUAUGUGUAAGCUCCAUGGCUGUGCGACCUAAUGCUAAGGCCUUGUCAAAUAAUUUUAUUGCUUCUGUUAAAUUUCCUCUGUUGAAAAAGUAAAAUUUAUAUUUUAGAACGA